GUUGAUAAUGAUAACGAUGACGAUGACGACGAAGAAGACGAUAAUGAUAACGAUGACGAUGACGACAAAGAAGUUGAUAAUGAUAACGAUGACGAUGACGACGAAGAAGACGAUAAUGAUAACGAUGACGGUGACGACGAAGAAGUUGAUAAUGAUAACAAUGACCAUGACCAUGACGAUGACCAUGACAACGAUAAUGAUAAUGUGAAAGUCUUGAACCCAGGAGUCAUUUCAAAAUUAGGUUGAGUUUGAUCGUCCGGGUGAACGUACUUCUGAAUAGGACUGUUGUUGUUGACAAUGACUGACAGCGACAACCUGUGCGUUAAUCAUCUUCAGAGUCAAAGUGAGUUGUAUCACGUCAGUUGAUGGUAUUAUACUCUGGUUAUUGACCUGAUUGGUCAACUAAGUCGUGAUGUUAUUGGUCGUCUGUCAGUUAAGCCGUGAUAGGUCACUGACCAGUCACGAAGAGCGCAAGGUUACAGAAAUCCGUUACGGAAAUCGCGCCAAAAUCACCCUUCUCAUGUGUGAACAGAAGCCCUAUCCUGUAUGGUUUUCGUGCAGGCGCAAAAGCUCUCUGUUUAAACUCGAAAUUGCGAGAAAGGGUCUCAUCAUGGCUUUACUGACGGACGACCAAUAUCAUCGCAACGUAAUUGACCAAUCAGGUAAAUAACCAGAGUAUUAUAUGAUCAUUACAACGUGAUACAACUCACUUUGACUCUGAAGAUGACUACCUCACGGGUUGUCGAAACGUCAGUCACUGUCAACAACAACAGUCCUAUUCUCGGCUUGCACUGUCACGCAAUGAAAAAUCAAAAUGCAAACCAUUCAAUACAGAAGGACUAGAAUCUGGGAAAUGAGAAAAGAUGAUUAUACAAAAACCCUUGCCAAGAAUCAGUUCUGUGAAAUAUUUCAAAUGCGAGAUAUUGGGAAAAACGGUUAACCUAAAUUUAUAAAGCUUUGUAUGGAAAUUCCAUGUUGGUGUCCCUGAAUAUGGCCGCCGGAUACCAACAGAAACAUCUGUUUUCAAGUUUUCCUACUGAUGCGUGAAUUCUUCGCUUGAGGAACUCAUAAAGAUUACAGUAAUAUUUAUUCUGAGACAAGGAAUGUUUAGAUUGCAAAAUCUCCCAAAAUCGGUAAUGUUUUUAACCCACAUAAGAGCUUUCCCUGCCGCCAGCUAAAUGCCGAGUCACGCAAAAGCCCGGAAAUUCAAGCGUCCUCUCUCGCAAAACGAAGAACCCUUUCGAACCAAAAAUUUGUUUAUGUAAAGGUGUUUAGGUACUGUAAUACCUCGUGAAAGUAGAAACUCAGAAGAAUCGAUAGUUUCUUAGUUUGAUUUUUGGUGACGUCACGUGCAACCCAAGGAUAUCAGGACUACUUUAAAUUCUCCUGGACGAUCAAACUCAACCUACGUCUGACAAUGAUAAUGAUAAUGAUUUUUUUUAAAAUGUAUACAUUAUAGGUCCUAACACUGGAGGUGGUGGCGCACACACUUCCACUCCUACACAAGCUCCCACCCAAGCUCCCACCCAAGCUCCCACCCAUGCUCCCACCCAAGCUCCCACCCAUGCUCCCACUCCUGCUCCACCCACGACCACGGCACCAGGCAAGUAUAUUUAA